CCGCCGGCGGAGGCCGAGGUCGCCGCGGAGGCCCCGCCGCGCGGGCCCGCCGCGCCGCCGGCGAUGCGGCCGCCCGCGUGGCCCCCGCCGCCAGCGAUGAGCCGCGCGCUGCUGCAUGCCCGAGGGGGUGACGGAGCACUUCGUGGUCGAGAACGAGAAGCUCCGCAGCUUGGCCGAGGGGCUCCUGUACCGGCAGAGCAAGGACAUGGACGACAAGAUCGAGGAGAUGGUCCUGUGGGGCCAGGUGGUUCGAGGCGUGGACGAGGGCGACGGCUGGGUCCGCGUGGGCAAGAAGUACCUCCCAAUCGAGGUCAAGGGCGAGGUGGCGCUCAAGCGGCACGAUGGCCCCGGGCAGUUCGAGGAGCUGGCCGAGGCGGCCCUGCGGAGCGAGGACGUGCCGCAGGACCAGGACCAGGGCUGGGACGACUCUGCACGCACGCGGGACUCCUGGGGCGGGAGCUCUGGCGGCUGGGCCGACGCCACCUGGAGCAGCGAUAACAGCGGCAGGGCACAGCAGCCGAGCUGGAUGGCCCGCUCAGCCGGGGCCUGGAGCCGGAGCCGACCCGACGACGCUGCAGAGCACGGAGGCUGGGACAGCAACUGGAACUCGGAGUCCAGGUGGAGCAACAAGAGGAAGUGGGAGGAGGAGGAGGAGCACGGCAGCUGGCAAGACUCGACGAGGAGCCGCGCGGAGGCCCCCGCGGACGCCGGAGCGCCCCCCGAAGGCGCGCCCCCGCAGGACGAGGAUGCGUUGCCCGUGCUGUGGGAGGAGGCCCUGCCGAGGUGCCUGCCGCCAGAGAUGAGGCUCGAGGUGGAGAGCGACGGCACGAUCAGCACCUCCGACGGCCUCGUCAGGCUGUGCCACAAGGCGCGCAGGAAGGGGCCCAUCUGGCCCGACCUCUACACGGAGGGCGGGGGCGCGGGGGGCGGCCCCGGCUUCGGGGCGCUGCGCGUGCUGUCCUCCGGGCUGCUGCAGAUCAUUCACGACAGGCGCGCCAAGGCGCAGGAGGUGGAGUCCGCGCUGCCGGCCGGGAGCGACCUCAUCCAGGCCUUCGCGGCCGGCAACCCUGGCCUCAGCAAGAAGGCCGUGGCGCUGCUGCGCAGCCUGCCCGACGAGCACGUGGUGAAGGUGAUCGGGGCAGGCCCGUGCUUCGGCCUCAGACCGGAUGCGGUGCUGGGGUCUCGGGUCAGCCGCCUGCGGGAGGACACGAUCGAGGCGGAGGACUGCCUCACAGAGGACCGGCCUCGCGACGCCAGUGCGUUCGCCCUCAAGAACUGGAUCAGCACGUACGCGGAGCGCCGGCUGAAGCAGGCGGACCCCGAGGUGCAGAAGAGGGCGAUUCAGGAGGGCCCGCUGCUGGGCCAGGACCCCACCAAGGACCUCCUGUGUCGCCUAGAGGUCAUCGAGAAGGCCUGCGCGGAGGAGAUGGCCCAGAGGGAGGCCGAGCGGCGGGAGCGAGAGGCCCAGGAGGAGCGGGCGAGGCAGGAGCAGGAGGAGCUGCGCAGGAAGCAGCAGGAGGAGCAGGCCAAGCAGCAGCAGGCCCUGCUGCAGCAGCAGGCCCUGCUGCAGCAGCAGCAGAUGCUCCAGCACCACCAGCAGAUGCAGGCCCAGCAGCAGCAGCGCAUGAUGCUCAGCGCGCUCAUGCAGCCGCACGCGCAGCUGGCGGCGCAGCAGCUGGCCGCGCAGCUGGCCGCGCACCAGCAGCAGCAGCAGCAGCAGCAGCAGCCGGCGCGCCCGCUCUCGUGGAUGGUGAACCCGCAGCCGCCGGCGGUGCCAAUGACGGAGUCGCUGCCCGUGCUGUAACGGCGCGGCCGCGCGGCGCGGGCCGCCAGAGCGGGCGCCGGCGGCGGCGAAGCGACGGCGAGCGCGCGUGAAAGACGCGGGGGGGGGGGGGGGGGGG